CCCGCUCCCUGGGAUGCCCUGAAAGCCUCCACAUCAGCAACCAGACACGACAUCCUUGUUCACUUCCAAUCCUUCCUUCCCGGCUUGGACACUAAUCACCAAUCUCCCAGGCCAGAAAAAUCUUCGCUCAGGUAGUACUACUCCUCGAUCUUUUCAGACUCCCACCUGGAGGGAAGCUUUGGAGUUUAAGAGCCAAACAUUAUGUUAAUUUAUUCUGUGGUUCCCCCAGGAUGUUUCACCUUGGAGUAAUGCUGAGUUGGUGUCUCCCUAUCCAAGUGGGGAAGAGUCACAUUUUAAGGCAAAACUGGGGGGAGGGGAUUCAAAACAGUUCCUACUACACAUGUCAUCUUGUCCCCACUGCCUUGCUCUCACCCCAUGGCUUAUCCCUCUUCUGGGUGGGGCUGUGUCACCUCAGAUGGCAGCUCCUUCUAGUGACGGCUGCAGGGAGGAAAGGCGGGGAUACGUGUCUCUUCGGGUUGCUGUGGAAGGAGCCCAUGGCCCUGAAGGUGUGUCCUGAGUUCCCAGAGCCUGAGCUUUGGUCCUGGGCUCCCACCCACGGACCCUGCUGAAAUUCUGGGCUGCAGAGCAAAGGGUUCAAACCCAUGGCUUUGGCAUUUGUAUCUGGGUUUCCCACACCCUAGCCAUGCCACCUUAGGGAAGGACUUAAUUCCCCCAACCUUAGUUUUCUCAUCUGUAAAAUGGGGUUAGCAGUACAAUCCACAGUCCCUUUUCUGAAAUCCUUGGGGUCAGAUAUGCUCCAGAAUUCAGAAUUUUUCAGCUUCAAUCAUGUAACUUGGUGUAUCUACUCUAUAGGACAUAAUAACCACUGGGGUCUGAAGGCACCUUGUAAUCAAACACAUUAGUGUUUCUGACACUGAACUUUUGAGCAGUCACACUACAUAAAAUAAAGACCAUAAAUUGUCUUGUGUCUGUUCAGUUCAAAUUUUGUUACCAAACAAUUUUUGUUCAGUUUUCAGAGCCUUGAAGGGUUGUAGUUACAGAUAAGGGUCAGGCUACCCUGUGUCUCUGUAGAUAAUGGCAUGCCACACAAAGAGGUAAAAAAAUGUUCAUGGUUUGAUGCCAGACCAAACACAGCUGUGAACCUUGGGAUAAGACAAGUCUCCUGAGAAGGCCAAGGGUGAUGGGUGGGGAGAAUCAUUCUGCAGCAGCAGUGCCAUUACCCAAGUGUGUGGACAAUUGGUUCGAGCUCCAGAGAUCUUGAGCCUCAGCCAUCACAGACCCCUGAGACUUUCCAGGCGUCUGAUCAAUCCUCCUCCAGAGCCGAAUCUUCCUCUGGUGGGUCCUCGGUGAAGACCACUGCCAUGUUGGUGGCAGUGACCAGUAGGACCAGAACGACCACCACAUAAUCGUCCGCAGGCCUGGGCUCCUCAACCAUUAUGGGUUGCUGCCUCCGACGGCUGCAGCUGCUCUCCACCUGUGUGGCCUUCUCCCUGGGAGCCAGCGUGGGCACCUGGAAGGGGACCAUAGGUAACUGGUCCAUGUUCAUCUGGUGCUUCUGCUUCGUCGUGACCCUCAUCAACCUCAUAGUCGAGUUAUGUGAGCUCGAGGAUCACUUCCCCUUCUCCUGGGACAACUUUCUCAUCACCUGCAACUGCUACUCUGCCCUCCUCUGCCUCUCGGCCUCCAUCAUCUACCCCACCACCUACAUUCAGUUCUUGCCCGAUAGCCGCUACCGGGACCGCACUAUCACCUCCACUGCAUUCUCCUGCCUUGCUUUUGUGGCUUAUGCCAUGGAAGUGGCCUGCACUAGGGCCCAGCCCAACAUGAUCACAGGCUAUAUGGCCACCGUGCCAGGCCUGCUCAAGGGGCUGGAGACCACUGUGGCCUGUGUCAUCUUUGUCUUCAUCAGCAGCCCCUACCUGUACCUGCACCAGCCGGCCCUGGUGUGGUGCGUGGCCGUGUACUCCAUCUGCUUUCUCCUGUCAUCUGUGGCCCUUCUGCUGAACCUGGGCAAGUGUGACAACAGGCUGCCCAUCCCCUUCCCCAUUUUCCAGGUUGUGCUCACUCUGCUCUCCGUCCUCCUCUAUGCCACCGCUCUGGUCCUCUGGCCGCUCUACCAGUUCAACCAGAAGUUCGGCGGCCAGCCCCAGCGGUCCAGCGAUGUGAGCUGCAGCGAUAGACUCACCUCCUUGGUGUGUACCUGGAACCAACGACUGGCUGUGGCCAGUCUGACAGCCAUCAACCUGCUGAUUUAUGUGACUGACCUGGUGUUCUCGGUCCACCUGGAUUUUGUCAGUGGCUGAGGCUUUGCCCAGGGGCUCCUGAUUCCUCUUCUCACCUGAAGUUCGUUUCCAAGCCCUGACGUCCUCUGAUGUGCUCUUCCUGGCUCCCCUCUCUCCCUGCUCACAUCCUUCCCCAAUCAUCUUGCUCUCUUUUCUGUUUCCUUCCCUCCUUCUGCUCUGUCUCCUUCCUGUUUUGUGUGGUUGCCCACAUUCUGUUUUGCCUCUUUCUCUUUUCACUCUCUUAUUUUCUACAUUUUCUGCUUUUUGGCCCUUUUCUGGUCAUUUUUGUUUUCUCAUCUCCUGUGUCCUGACCGCCUCUUCCCCUUUUCCUUCUUCUGAUCCACCGGGACGCUGAGCUUCUUCCUCCUCUGCCCACUGCCCCCGUCCCACCUCCUAAGGUGCUGACUCCACAUCACACAGCCCUCUGUGCAGCUGUUCACACCCUGGGCCUCCGGAGGGGCCUCACAGCCAAAGUAUGCCUGUGCCCCUGGUGGCGCCUUCGUUGGUGUGUGUAUAUGGGUUUGGGGUGUGCCGGUGAGUAGG